AUGGUUUCGUUGAAGUUUGUGUGCGCGGUAGUGUGCGUGCUAGCAGUGGCCGGCCGUGGUUAUGCCGCCGAGGACGGUACGGUGCGCGCCCUGCGCAAAGUGUACUCCCUGUGCGAGGAUAGUGACGAGCUGCUGAAGUGCAUCAAGGUGCAAGCCCUCAAGCUCACCGACCGGGCAAUCAAGCUGCCGAGCAUCAAGCUGCUCGACGGUAUGUCGAUCGUGAAGAAAGCCGACGGUGGUGAAUCGAGCACCCGCGCCCUGAACGAACCGAGCCUCGGCGAACACGACCUGGCCAAGCUGUCCUCGGCCAAGAUCGACGAGCUGCUGUUCCAGCGUGCCCAGCGCUUCAUGGACGGACACCAGCUGCAGCUGAAUGUGCCGCGUAUGCUCGCGUCGGGCCAGCAGGAAACCGGACGUCUGGUCGAGGAGGGCCGCAAGAAGAUGAAGAAAUACCUCGGACCAUUCCUCGCUGCAAUGGCUAUCAAGGGAGGUAUCCUGACCAUGGUCUACCACUCGAUCGCCAUCGUCGCCGGUAAGGCGCUCAUCAUCGGCAAGAUCGCCCUCGUCAUCUCCGCCAUCAUCGGUCUGAAGAAGCUCGUCACCCCGGAGGGCCAUGAGAAGACGACCUACGAGAUCGUGAAGCACCCGCACGUCCAGCAGAGCCACACCUACUCGUCCAACCACGGUGACUUCGACACGCACGAGGCGGGCCAGUUCCACCGCAGCUUCGGCAACUCCGUCGACAUGGUGAUGCAGGACCGUGCCUACCGUGCUCACGUCCCCAAGAACUAG